AUGACAUCGUCAAGUUCUGCUGGAUCUUCACUUCGUGAAAAUAGUUCGUCUUCAGACUUGACUGGGUUAAUUAUUGGUAUUGUAGCGUUAGUCCUUGUGCUCGUAGUUAUUGCGACUUGGUGGAUGUAUCGUCAACGGACUCAUAACCGCUUAGAUGGAUCUCAAAAUAGUCAAAGCACAGAGUUUAUGAAUUACGUGCUAACAACGCCUGACCUCAUGGCCAUUGUAGCGGAUGCAAGUCGUCGAUCUGCUCGUAUAAGUGGCAAAUGGCUUCAUCAAUUGCCACACAUUUCAACGGUAUCGUCAAUGGCAUUCUUUGAUCAUCUUAGUGCAAGAGGUACUGGAGGAUCUUGCAGUGCAGACACGACAAUUGCUACAGCAUUGUCACCAAUCGACAAUAUCCAUCACUCAUCAGUGCAACAGUGUGAUGAUUCCUACGAUGAAUUGGAGUGCAACACAUUGGCGAUGGAACAAUGUCGAUUGCCGCCAGAGUGUGUCGUGGAUGGUGAAUUACUGCAUGCAGGCAGCUUCACAAUGGCUUUUCGUGCUACCUUGAGGAUUGAGGGUCAGGCUAAUCGUCAGGUUGUUGUGAGACGUCUACUUCCGGAACUAGCAGAUCAACAGGCCUAUCGUCAGGCAUUCAUGGCAGAUAUUUCACUCAGUGCUACAUUGUUACACCCACGCAUUGUGGCUUUUGUGGGGUUUUAUGAUCCCAAACAGCGUGUGUACGACCUUGAUCUGCUUUCGUCGCCGUCGUAUGUGGCAAACCAGGCACAGCCGUCAGCAGUGACUGAAUUCAUGCCAAACGGGGAUUUACGAGCACUGCUGACGCUACGGCCUCGCAAUGCACACGACUUUGGCUGGUUCCAUUCCGUCUCAAUGCCAAAAACCAAGGCGCAACUCGCACUGGACAUCGUUGAUGCGCUUGUGUAUUUGCACUUUCGACCAGCAGGUGGCAACUUGACACUUCAUCAUCGACGGCUCAAGGCUCAGCGAGUAUUGCUAUCGGAACAGUGUGAUGCAAAGCUGUGCGCAUUUGGUGUACAACGUGUUUUAGGUGCUGAGGCCUCGUUUGCGCGCAGCGAUUUUUCUGUUGCAUGGUUAGCACCUGAGCUUCUACGAGGUGAGCCAAGAAGUGAGCAAGCUGACAUGUACGCUCUAGGUGUGCUGUUAACUGAGCUUGACACGUGCGAGCUGCCGUUUGCAUCGGGUGUGGACAUGGACGACGGCAUGGACGAGCAGAGUCAGCUGGCGCUGUUAGUCAGCUCGGGCUGCAUCCGUCCAGCCUUGUCCAUUGAUUGUCCGGUGCAAAUUCAGGAGCUUGUAGGGCGUUGCCUCAGCUUCUCGCCACAGCAGCGUCCACCUGCAAUCGAAGUGCAGUAUACGCUGCGAAAGCUCAUUAACGGUGCAAGUGUUUGCGGUUCCUCACUGGCCUCGCUCCCGUCCAAUCUGUCGUCACUUCACAGCACGCCAGGGCCCAGCAUUACAACACUCAACACGUUCUUCACUUCAUGA